AUGAGCUGGCUCAACUGGCUGGGCUUCGAAGGCCGCUCCUCCUCCGCCGACUCGUCUUCUUUCUCGUCCAUCGCCCAGGGCCCCGACGGCGAGGCGCCGGCGGCCGGUCAGCAGUUCGCACAAUUCGGGGCGGGCUGCUUCUGGGGUGUCGAAUUGGCCUUCCAGAGGGUUCCGGGUGUCACCAAGACCGAGGUCGGGUACUCCCAGGGCUAUCUGCACAACCCAACGUACGAGGACGUGUGCUCGGGCACCACGAAACACUCGGAGGUGGUUCGGGUGCAGUACGACCCGAAAGAUUGCGGUUUUGAUGCCCUGCUUGAUGUUUUCUGGGCGAGGCACGACCCGACGACUCUUAAUCGCCAGGGCAAUGACGUUGGGACUCAGUACAGAUCCGGAAUAUACUUCUACACCAUAGAACAAGAGAAAGCAGCAAUCGAGUCCAAGGAGAGGCAGCAAAAAGUGUUGAACAAAAACGUUAUGACCGAGAUUCUGCCCGCCAAGAAAUUCUACAGAGCGGAAGAGUAUCACCAACAAUACCUUGCAAAGGGAGGCCGAUUUGGUUCCAGGCAGUCAACUGAGAAAGGCUGCAAUGACCCAAUUCGUUGCUAUGGCUGA